AUGAGGUUAAUUCUGGUGAAACCCACCAAUGCAACGAGACGCCUCGACUCAACGGGCGAAGUCUUCCAAGAUGGAGACCAUGAGCACUUUGCGUCAACAGGUUCUGACAAGAAGCACGAUCCAUACUCUGAAGCGUCGGGCGACACCUCGUCAUCCCUGCAGGAGAAGAGUCAAUGCUGUGCUUCGUCGUCACUCUGUGACAAAUCGAACGGAAUCAGCCCUCCAAAAAGUUCAGCUCAGAAGUCGCCACUACAAACCCCAAGCUUUGCCCUGUCGCAGCUGAGCGACCAGGACUGGUUGCUGCUUUGUGACCAGGUUAGCAGCGCAGACGAUAAUCCUCCUUCAGCGGGAAGAACAGCGAACCGUGUGGGGCGUCCAAACCACAACAGCAGAUGUGUCUGCCCCUGUCCUGAUGCUCUUCAGCAUUCUGAAACUUAUGUUCUACCACAGUCAAAUCGGGGAUCAGUUCGAGAAAGCCACUUCAGAGCUAGAAAUAAGAGAAGCAUUUCAUCACCUCACACCCAAACUUUCUCUCAAAGCACCCGCAGUUCGACUAGUUGCUUCUCACAGCAAACAAACCACAAAGAUCUGCAGAAAAUCACAGCAAACCUUCCAAGGAAUAUUGUUGUUCCUCAACGCAUUGAUCAAGAAGCUCAGAGAGAACUGCCUUGUAGUCAUUUUAAACUCAAAGGCUGCAGCCAAGUAACGUGUCCAAAUUUGUUUAAUAUCCCUCUGCAAUCCACUGAGCGUGUCAAGACGGAUAAGAAAAUUAAAAAAGAGCCCCAGCACGCCGUCAGUGCAGACGUCACCUGGAAAGAGCUUCUUGUUAAGGAACCGCUGUUGGUUCAGCAACGCCAAAAGAGGGAGUCCCAUUGUUCAAAACCUGGUGACCCAUCAUGCAAGUCAUCUGAAGAUCUGUCUUUUGGACUCAAGUGCCGUCAUCUCCCUUACAGCCGUCCGACCAACACACAGAGAUCAUAUACGCCGACCAGUCAGAGAAGUUUAAAAUCUUUCUCCACUAGCCAGUGUAGCUUACUUGAGAACCAGGAUUCAGUGGAGGAGCAACAUAUUCAGACAAACGCCCAGCACUGCAGUGGAUCAAAAGUGUCUCCCUCAAAACUCUCUCCUCCACUUUCGGAAACCUUGGACUCGGGCAAUAUUUUCAACGGGGAUGCAGUGCGACCGCUCAGCAGCCAGGGUACUUUUAGUUCUAGUUUUACAGACUUUCAGUCAAGUCAGCAGCCGCUUCAGCUUCUCCAUAGUGCCAUCCUCGAGGACGCCUUCUCCAAAGUCCUCAGAGAAGACUCCAGCAAGGCCAACAGUGAGAAUCUGAUCAGAGCAGAAUCCAGCAAACCGCACAAGAAGACGAAGGACAUAAGCUAUCGGCUGUGUCAGAGGAGGGAUCUGUUUGGGAAGCGCAAACAGCUGAGCGACUACGCGUUGGUCUGCGGGAUGUUUGGCAUUAUUGCCAUGGUCAUCGAGACUGAGCUGUCAAGGACCUUUUACAGCAAGGAGUCUGUUUAUUCAUAUGUAAUAAAGGGUCUGAUCAGUAUAUCUACCGUCAUUCUCCUUGGACUCAUUUUGAUGUACCACGCAAGGGAAAUCCAGCUCUUCAUGGUGGACAAUGGUGCAGAUGACUGGAGGAUAGCCAUGACCUUUCAGAGAAUCCUUUUUAUCGCAUUAGAGCUUCUCGUCUGUGCCAUCCAUCCUAUCCCAGGCCAGUACAUGUUCACCUGGACUGCUCAACUGGCCUUCAGCUGCACAGCCUCCAUGGCCGAUGCGGACAUGGACAUCAUCUUUUCCGUGCCCAUGUUCCUGCGCCUGUACCUGAUUGGCCGGGUCAUGCUGCUCCACAGCAAGCUGUUCACCGAUGCCUCCUCUCGCAGCAUCGGGGCCCUCAACAAGAUCAGCUUCGACACUCGUUUUGUCAUGAAGACUCUGAUGACCAUCUGCCCUGGCACUGUCCUGCUCGUGUUCAGCGUGUCCUGUUGGAUCAUUGCAGCGUGGACUGUCCGCAUAUGUGAGAGGCAUCACGAUGCACAGGAAGUGACCAGCACCUUCCUUGGAGCUAUGUGGCUGAUCUCCAUCACCUUCCUGUCCAUUGGCUAUGGAGACAUGGUCCCUCACACCUACUGUGGAAAAGGGGUUUGCCUGCUAACAGGAAUUAUGGGAGCAGGCUGUACUGCCUUGGUAGUCGCCGUUGUUGCAAGAAAAUCAGAACUGACCAGAGCCGAAAAACACGUUCAUAACUUUAUGAUGGACACUCAGCUUUACAAAAAGAUUAAAAACACUGCAGCAAAUGUUCUGAGAGAGACGUGGCUCAUUUACAAAAACACCAAGUUGGUGAAAAAGAUUGACCAUGCUCGCGUACGGCACCAUCAGCGUAAAUUCCUGCAAGCCAUCCACCAACUGCGAAGACUCAAGAUGGAGCAAAGGAAAUUAACUGACCAGGCAAAUACAGUGGCCGAUCUCGCAAAGACUCAGAACAUGAUGUAUGAUCUGGUGUCAGAACUUCAGCAUCGAACCGGGGAGAUGGACAGGAGGAUCGUGGCUCUUGAACAGAAACUGGACUCCAUCCUUCUCGGUGUGCAGUCACUUCCGGUUGUGCUUUCUCAAGCAGUAACAAAGCUACAAAGGGACUUCCUGGAUGACUUAGCCUGUCAUGUUCACUUCCUGUCUUCCUCACUGAGCUCUGAGUGCUUUUCAGGACCGCCCAAGCAACUUUGUCCAGGAUCCACCACACCAGAGACAACGUAUAGCUAA